AUGUCAAGGCCAACAGUAGAAGAAGAACAUUUACGUCAUUGUAUGCUAUUUUUGUUCGAUCAAGGAUUGAAGGCAAACGAAGCAGUGAAAAAAAUUAACCACACUUACGGCGAUGUUCUAAAACUAAACAAGUGUUAUAGAUGGUUUAAAAAGUUUAAAAAUGGAAAUAGGAGUCUCGAAGAUGUUGAACGAAUGGGACGACCUCAAAAAUUAGAUGAUGAUAUCCUGAGGGCGAUGGUGGAUUCAGAUCCUCGUCAAACUAUUAGGGAAUUAUCACUAAAGAUUGGCUGUCCAUGGUCUACAGUUCAGGAUCAUCUUCAUAGCAUAGGAAAAAUGUAUAGGCAAGGAAUUUGGGUUCCUCAUGAAUUGACAGAGACGACACUCGAUCAACGGCGUACAAUCUGCGCGUCUCUAUUGUCUCGGUAUGACCGAUCAGUUUUGCGGCGAAUUGUAACUGGAGAUGAGAACUGGGUGCUAUAA